GGUCGUGCACGUGCAGCGGAGCCACACGCGGGGCAGAAAACGAUUCUGGUUCGAUGAAAAAAUGCCGAAUAUAUGAAUGUUCGUGGCAAGGUUUCCUCCUUUCGCAAACUGCGGCGUUACAACGUCACCUUUGUAACCUCUGCAUUACUAGGCCCUGCCGGUUGACGCCCUCACUCACACCGUUUUCUCAACCCCGUAUUUUUUGCGCUCUCCCCGCCUCUCUCGCCCCACUCAUGUUAAACGACCUGGCCUUCUCCAAGCGGCUGGAGAGCGUGCGGAAGGACGUGGAGUGCUUCUUCGGCAUCGUUAAGGGUCGUUUUCGGAUCCUGAAGCUGAGCAUCCCGUACCACAAGCAGGAAGACAUUGACAACGUCUUUUUCACGUGCUGUAUCCUGCACAACAUGCUUCACAGCUACGACAACAAGAGCGAGAUGGAGGAGGAGCCCAACUGGGCAGGGAACGCCGGGCUCCACAACGCAUGGGAGCACAACCCAUCGCUGGACUUGAGCUCGGUUGGAGCGAAGGGCUCGUCGGCCUCGACGGAGGACGUCGAGGUCGAGUCUGGGUUCAACACACGGAGGAAGCAGUUGAUCGCGAGCUUCGUCUACCGUAAGAGCAAGAACGACAUGGCGUGGCUCUCUUAGAUGUUCCGUAGUUGUUAGUCAGACAAUGCUGCAACAAGAUGUCGCACUCACAGUCACACAACACGCGGCCGCCAUGCUGAGGUCAUGGGGAACAUAUUUUUGUGUCGUCUUUAGGGAGAGGUUAGACCUACUGUAGAGGGUGGGUGUGUGAAACAAAAGAAACCAAGCUGUCUCUUGUUCUGCACUUUCUCGCUCGCGCUAAGUUGCUUUGGUGGAUUUGAUAGUUUGUUCCUUUAUUUCCUUGGACCCAAUUUGUACGAUGGGGUGUUUCGGGUCGGCCGCUCGGAGAGGGGGUAGGGAAUAGGAGGUAGUAAAUCACCCGUCGAGGACUCGCGUACAUGAUAGCCCGUUGUCGGUUCGUUGGUCCUUCCAGAAGUACCACGCGUGUUUGUGCACUCCCCUCCCCCGGUGUUUGCGAUGGGCGACACCGAUACGAUAGAUGCGAUAGGGGAAAAAGUGUAGACCAAGUAAGAUGGCACAAUUGCCCAUCGGUGAUCGGUCCCUGCCUCUAUCGGCACCACGUCUCCCCCCCCGCCAUUUGCGGGCAAGACACACCAGCUAGUGUAGACGUUGUUGUGACGUGUCAUAGCUGCUGUAAUUGGCCCAGCGUUUCCGUUGGGAUCGAAAAAAAACAAAAACGAUGUUGUCCGGAUUCAUUUGUGCAGCUCCUGGAAGAGAUGUGCAGACUCCGCUUUUGGGCAACACUCAACCCCUGGAAGGAAGUAUCGAUUAUCGGCAAAAAAAAAAAAAUGGUCGAGUGAGGAUAUCGGGAGGGGGAGGGGAGUCGCAUGCAUCCGGAACUCCGUAUCACCCCUCCUCGAAACACUCAAACCUCCUACUACAAAAAAAGGGCAGCUUGCAGCACUCACCACUCUUGGUUGCAGACAGACUCAGGGAAAACAAGUAACAGAAUCAAGGGCGGCCGCUGCUGCCACCCAUAAUUACCCACGGGUUGAAUCCACGGGUUGAAUCUAUGCCCACCCCUACCGCCCCCCACUUUCAGCUGGUGCUACCUGCUCCCCACCAUACGUUGGCCGCUCGCAAAAAAAAACACCAAGAGAGGUCGAGCGUUGCUGUGACGAAGGGUGUGUGGCGGUGAGGUGCUGCCCGUACAGAACAGCACCUUCCGCUAAGCACACAGCACAACAAAAAAAUGAAAGUAGAGAAAGCUACAGCAAUCACGACACUUGCUUGCUGCAGGCCCCCGAGAG